ACAGUUGACUUGAUUCAUGUAAAAUGUCCUUUUGAAUCUGAGGUUGGUGAAACUAAUGAGGGGACAGUAUCUUCAAACCAGGAUCCACAUCAGCUGAUGAGUCCAACAGUCCAAACCCUGACUGGAUUUAGGACCCAGCUGGUCUGUUGGACUGACACAAACUGGUUUGUCUUGUGUGUCGGAACAAACCCAGCAGCUCCACUCUGUCCUCACAUGACCUCCACUCCUCCCCUGUAGAUCUGACAGUUUACAGGUGGGCGGAGCCAACAGGAGGCGGAUCCACAACAACAGACAGGAAACACUGCACAGGUGAAACAGAUCAGAGCUCAAAGUGCUUUCACUCAAAGUGAAACUGAACCAGUCGUUGAGACACGAAGCAGAAAUGGAGCAGAAAGGAGCUCAUCUGGAUCAGGAAACAAUUUCCUGUUCCAUCUGUUUGGAUCUACUGAAGGUUCCGGUGACUAUUCCCUGUGGACACAGCUACUGUAUGAGCUGUAUUCAAACCCACUGGGAUGGAGAGGACGGGAAGAACCUCCACAGCUGCCCUCAGUGCAGACACACCUUCAUACCCAGGCCUGUCCUGGUCAAAAACACCAUGUUGGCAGAUUUAGUGGAACAGCUGAAGAAGACUGGACUUGGAGCUGCUGCAGCUGAUCACUGCUACGCUGGAGCUGAAGAUGUGGUCUGUGAUGUGUGCACUGGGAGGAAACUGAAAGCUGUCCAGUCCUGUCUGGUGUGUUUGGUCUCCUACUGCCACAAACACCUUCAGCCUCAUUAUGAAUCUGCCGCCUUUAAGAAACACAAGCUGGUGGAUCCAUCGGAGAAGCUCCAGGAGAACGUCUGCUCUCGUCACAAUGAGGUGAUAAAGAUGUUCUGCCGCACUGAUGGUCAGUGUAUCUGUUAUCUGUGCUCUGUGGAAGAACAUAAAGGCCACGACACAGUGUCAUCUGCAGCAGAAAGGACUGAGAGGCAGAAGGAGCUGGAGCUGAGUCGACAGAAAAUCCAGCAGAGAAUCAAAGACAAACAGAAAGAUGUGAAGGUGCUUCAACAGGAGGCGGAGAACAUCAGUCGCUGCGCUGAUGAAGCAGUGGAGAAGAACCGCAAGAUCCUGACCGAGCUGAUCCGACUCCUGGAGGAAAGAUGGAGCGAUGUGGAGAGGCAGAUCAGAUCCAAGGAGGAAACAGAAGUGAUUCGAGUCAAAGAGCUGGAGCGGAAGCUGGAGCAGGAGAUGACUGAGCUGAGGAGGAAAGACGCUGAGAUGGAGAAACUGGCACAAACACACGACCACAGCCAGUUUUUACUCCAGUAUCCAUCAGUGUCCACACUCAGAGAAGAUCCAGACUCAUCCCACGUCCACGUCCGUCCUCAGAGUUACUUUAAGGAUGUGACCACAGCUGUGACAGAGCUCAGAGAGAAACUCCAGCUCAGUCUGACAGAAGAACGGACCAACAUGGAACUGAGCAUCAGUCAAACACAGGUUCUACUAGAACCAGAACCACAGACCAGAGCAGGAUUCUUACUAGAACCAGAACCACAGACCAGAGCAGGAUUCUUACUAGAACCAGAACCACAGACCAGAGCAGGAUUCUUACAAUAUUCACGUCAAAUCACACUGGAUCCAAACACAGUGAAUGAAGAUCUGUCACUGUCUGAGGAGAAUAGAAGAGGAACACUUAUGAUUCAAACACAGAACUAUCCUGAUCAUCCAGACAGAUUCAGUGACUGGGAACAGGUCCUGAGCAGAGAGAGUCUGACUGGUCGAUGUUACUGGGAGGUGGAGUGGAGGGGGGGGAACGUUCGGGUCGCAGUCACAUAUAAGGAUAUUAAGAGAAAAGGAAUCUCUGAUGAAUGUGGAUUUGGAUUCAAUGACAAAUCUUGGGCUUUACAUUCUAACUAUAACUCUCCUUACUUUAGUCAUAACAGUGUCAGGUCUUCUGUCCCAGGUCCACUUUCCUCCAGAAUCGGAGUCUACCUGGAUCACACAGCAGGUAUUCUGUCCUUCUACAGCGUCUCUGAAACCAUGACUCUGAUCCACAGAGUCCAGACCACAUUCACUAAACCUCUGUACGCUGGACUUUGGUUUUUGGGUGUUGGAUCCACUGCCCACUUUCCUGAACUCCAUUAAACUCAUCGUUGACUUUGAUCUUUUCGUAUCGGUCUCUAAACCAUACGACACAAAAACAGAUCAACUUUUUUUCUUCCUGAACUCACAAUCCAGACUUGGUCCCAUUCAGACUUUUUUGUGAGGAUUCUAAUAGUCCAGUGUGUGUGAGUGUCAACCAGCCAAUAGUGUGUUUGUAGACCCAUCUGUGAUGUUCACACAGCUGUCAUGAACUGAGGAGCACACAACCAGACUGAUGGUGUCUGUGCUUUGGAGGAAGUCCAACAAAGUGGAGCCGUUUUUCUCCUUUGGACCAGUUGAGUUCAAAUCCACUGUUCCUUCCUGUUUCCUACAGAAGAAGUGUGGACUGACCAGGCUCAGUCAUGUGACUGGAAUGGCUUUCAGAUCAUACUGGAACCUGAUUGGUUCAGUUCCAAAUACACGGAUGUGGAUUUGGAGACGACGAUAGAAGCGGAGAUGGUGAACCGACUCAGACUGAGGCUGAGCUCAUGCACGGAAACCUGUUCAUCUGAUUGAGUUCAUUCUGUUCCAUCUGAGCAUGUGCGAGAAAAGAGAACUGAGACAAAACACAAGUGAUUUAGUCAAACAAGAGCUGAAGACCAGAACAGGAAGUUGGAUUCUAUCGUCACUACGUAUGUACAAACCCCCAAAGAAAUCCAAUAAUGGACUGAAACACGGAAACAGGGUUUUUCCAUGAUUUCUGAAGUGCAUGUAAACGCAUCAUAUCUGAUUAUUCCAUUUAUCUGAUUAUUAACAGUUAUUGUUUUUUUAUGGUCGUGUAAACGGGCUGAAAAUGUUGGAUGAUCCAGUUCAACAGACAGAUGUCCACCAUCUGAGAAAAUGGACACAUUUGUCCUUAAAGCCUGAGGCGCGACUUAGUUCAAUAAUGUAGAAAAUACUGAUGUUGUAAAUAUGAGAAAUGUAAUAUUAGUAGAAUUAUCAGUCAUCACAUAAUGGGGAAGUUUAUGAAAAAAUGUUGAUUUGUGUUGAUUUGUAAAGUCUGAUGUGACGUCCAUUCAGUAGAAGCUGCACCGUUCCAGAUGGAAAACUGAUCCACUAAAGGUUUAGACCAGGGGUCUGCAAACUUUAUUAUCAAAAGAGCCUUUUUGCCUCCUCUGCCGCCAACAAAAAAUGUUUGGAGCCGCAAAAAAUAACAGAGCUUAUAAACUUUUAAAAGUUUUAAUCUUUUUUUACAUUUUAUCUGUUACAGCCACUGAAUACAACAAA